AUGCUUAGUUUUUUGGACGCCAUUUUUGUCCCCUUUAGCCUCUUCCUUACGGUGGGGUAUCACGCCUAUCUAUGGUAUUGUUUGAAGAAGAAGCCUUCUCGUACCACCAGAGGAAUCAACUUGCAAACAAUUAGAAGAACAUGGUUUCUAAAGAUAGUAGAGGGUGGUGAUAAAAAUGAUAUGCUAGUUGUCCAAAGCUUGAGAAACUCCCAAAUGGUGGCAAUACUCAACGCUUCAUUUGCAAUUCUCCUUAACACGGCAUUGGCAGCUCUAACGAACAACUCCUUCAAAGGAAGCUAUCUUCUCAACACACCAUUUUUGGGCUCCAAAUCCGGAAAAAUGUUCGUUCAAAAGUACGGCUUGGCGUCGUUCCUUUUCCUGUUUAGUUUCUUUUGUAGCUCUCAAGCCCUUGCACUUUUCAUGGACGCAAACUUUUUGAUAAAUGCUUCGUCUGCUGAGUUUUCAUCAUCCGAAUAUGCAGAAAUAGCUCUGGAACGUGGAUUCCUUUUGGUACUUAUUGGUAACCGGCUGCUCUUGAUCACAUUCCCUUUCCUACUAUGGAUUUUUGGUCCCUUGCCAGUGGUAUUAUCGUCAGUGGCCUUGGUUUGGUGGCUUUAUGAGCUCGAUUUUCCUUGA